CGUCCGUCCUCAUUGGUCAGCGGCGAGCACGUGACCUCACAGCUGAUUUCCGUGGACGGCGUGUUUUUCGUAGGAUCAGAUGUUCGUCCUCACCUCGGCGAGGCAUGAAUGCGCCUCUCAUCGCAGUGGACUCAGCCGUGGCACGCUGACACACAGCUCCCCCAGACAGCAGACACACAGUCGUUAUGGCCCAGGCUGCACAGAUGAGCGUCCUCGACAUCAACAGUCCUCUCCGAGUGGAGCACGACAAGAAAAGACGACAAUUCAGCAUCCGACUGAACGGGUCCCAUGACAAGGCUGUUCUGCUGUAUGAGUAUGUGGGGAAGAAGACCGUGGAUCUGCAGCACACUGAGGUUCCUGAAGCUUACCGGGGACGAGAGAUCGCCAAACACCUGGCCAAGGCUGCAAUGGACUUUGUGGUGGAGGAGGACCUGAAAGCCCAUUUGACCUGCUGGUACAUCCAGAAAUACGUCAAAGAAAACCCUCUCCCCCAUUACUUGGAGCACGUCCUCCACUGAGAGCCAGAAAUGGGGACCAUCUCCAUUCUAAUAGGAUGAUUUGGGAUUGGGUGGGUUGGAUAUCUUUUGGGAUUCCCUAAUCUGUCUGACUGGUCUUGAAACUCCACAAAAGAAAGAGAUUUGUUUUUUAUUUGUGAUUUUAGAAGCGGGGAGAUCUGAAACUACAAAACGUUUUCUUGGGGAAAGAUAAGAGUGUGGACUUUGAGGUGGGCUAGUUUCCCAAUGACUCAAGCAGACUUUCGAGCCAAUCCAGAAAAGUGAGAGGAUUAUGACACUCGUUAUGAACUCAAAAUAUGAACUGUUUGAUAUGAUCAGAAGGGUGAUGUUAGACUCCAUAUGCCUCUCUGGUCCUACGCCUUCAGAUUAAGUGGUGCUCUUGAGAGAAAUACACACACGUACUUGAGUUCCCACAUGCACAGAGCGUGCACACUCAGCCUGGUGUGAAGUUUUAGGGGCAUCACAAUCUAACCAUCCGUUUCAUUCUGUGCAUGUUCUAGGCUGAUCUUGUGCUGCUGCAUGUGUGUAUCUGUGUAUUCUUUGGCCAGUGAAGAGCUAAGACUAGUGACAAUCGCCUGCCCAUAUACUCACAGGGCUGAACCUCUCAGGAUGCACACUUUAUAAAAACAACAUAAAGCACCUCUGCAUAGAGGAUUCUGUUACAGAUGGUUGGGUGUGUGUGUGUGUGUGUGUUGAAUAACCAGAUAUGAGUGUAUGAAUGUCAGUGUAUGUUAGUUACUCCCAAAAUUCCCAGGGGUCUUAUUUGAAGUCAGUUGAUGAAUUGCCUUAAGCAAGAUCUAAGCAAGGUUGUUUGCAGGGUAGGCAGCACACGGAGCAGACCAUCAUGCCAUGUUCUGUACUGACACCAUUGAUGAACGUUGUAUUCCUUGUGAUGAUAAUGAAGGUUAUCUUUUUCAAGUAAAACAACUGGGCUCUGUUAUGUCAAUUUGUGAUGUAACAGACUAAAGAUGCCUGAAUUUCAUCUGUUUUUACACAUUUAUGUACUCUUAAUAUUACUAUUAAUGAUUUUUGAAUAAAAAAUUAAGAUAAAA